CUGAGGGGCAGGGCGGGGCCGCCCAUGGCCAUGGCGGAGGGCGAGCAGGAUGAAGUCCGAGAUCAGGAUGAAGUCCGAGACCAGGAUGAAGUCCAAGAUCAGGAUGAAGUCCGAGACCAGGAUGAAGUCCAAGAUCAAGAUGAAGUCCAGGAUCAGGAUGAAGUCCAAGAUCAGGAUGAUAUAGGUGGAAGGAAGAUUACUAAUAGGACAUUUCUAUCUCUUUCCCAAAUUACUAUCUUGUCAGAAGAAAAUCUGGAAGGAGUUGAAAAGAAGAUGGAAGAAUUUCUGAAUCUUACACAACUAAAGACAUCUUUGAAAGAAGCUAUUUUACUAGAUUAUUAUACUGCAGGAUUUUGGUGGGCUAAAGGAAUGAACUUCAGUCUUAUCCAGCUCUCAGGAUUCAUGGAUCUAUUAAAUUUUGCCUUGGAGAACCUCAGUGGGAAACAUAUGACCUUGGGAGAUAAUUUAAAAGAGCUUGAAAGAGCAAUGUCUGGAAUAGGAGAAACUGAGUCUGAAGAAAGAGGUGACCUGAAUUUAUUCAGCAUUGAGCAAGCCAAAGCAAUCAUUGAUUACUUGGUUACCAGUUUAUUUAAACACUACAAAGCAUAUGAAUACCUCUUCCACGGUCGUAGAGAAGAACCUGUGAUAAGUAAUGAGAAUAAGAUUGAACUUGAUCAACCUGCAGUUUCCCUCUCAGCUUCAGCAUCAGAAUCUCAGGGGUCUGACCAGGGGGAUUACCUGCAAGAGCCCUGUCCAGAGGCAGUGUCUUCUGAGGCGGAUGCUGUAGGUGGAGUCGCUGCUGAAGAUGAGAAGUCUGCAGUGUGGGAAAUCCCAAAUGAAAUUAUUGGCAACCUUGAGGCAGACUUAAAUGAAAAGCUGCAAAUGCAGAAAGAAGCUUAGACUUGGAGAACAGAAAAAUUGAAAAGUCCUAAAUAGCCAGAUAAGAAAGGCGAUGCUAGGUUUUUCAGGAAUUGGGCAGUAGGGGAUGGCACACAGAGAGGUUGGCUCACUACCUGAACCAAAUUAUUUCUGUAUAGAGGAAAAUUUUUCUGUGAACGUUUACCUGGAAGUAUUUCAUCCCAGUCUCUCAAAUUUAAGGUGUUCUGCCAGUGUUGUUGCUUAGUUUAGACUUAAGUUGAAGAUUAUAAACAGAAGUACACAUAAUUAAAACAUGUUGAAGUUCAGUUUAUUUCUAAUUACAAAUUCUAACUUAAAAAAACAUCUGCAGUUGCGUUCACCCAGUUGUGAAAUACUUAACAGAUUUUGCUUUACACCUAUGUUUGGUUUUUUUUAGGAAAUGUUGCUACAAGGAAAAUAUAUAGAAAGAAAACAUAAUUUUGAGGCACUGCAGAUAUAAUAAGGAGAGAAUUUAAUUAACAUGUAAUUACCCACCUUGCACUGUAGCUAUUCAUUAAUAAUAUGUAUGUUCUUUUGUUUUAAUUUGCUUCCUAAGCUUUAAACAAAUUUAAUAGCUUACACUUCUUUCUUUCCACCAUAUUAAAAUUGCAUAACUGAAGAGUUUGCACUUCAGUAUUCCCAAGAAGAGUUCCUUUAUAUUUCAGUGGGAUUUUUUCUGGAAUGCAUGUAUCCUUUCAUCUGAGAACGUUUCCAUAUUUAUUUCCAGUAUAGAAAUGUUUCAUGCUCAAAAGGAAUCCAACCAAAUAAAUUACCGCAGAAGAACCAAUUGAACAUGUAUGUUUCAAACUUGCAUUUAUUGUGUAACUGUAUUUAUUGUGUAACAGAACUCUGUGGCCUAGAAAGCAUGUGAAAUACAAGUCAUGCUUUGAAGCGUAAGCUGGAUUGGAUUGCAUGUUUGGUGUAAUACAUGAGAAAGAGAGUAUUUUAUUCAUUACACUUCCAUAUUUAUUUACCACUAGGUAAAAAGUUAGAUUUUGUUUAAUUUCAUCCUCAUUUUUUGAUGGUGGUAAAUGAAAAAAAUGUGCAAGCCUGACUCAGCCAGUCAAAAUAAAAAUAUAGGUUGUAGCAGUUCUCCUAAUAAGUCUGAUUUGAUGCUGCCUGAAUUUCAGGGGCUGCUCCUCGUGGGUGCAGCACUGAGUGUGCAGCUGGAAGGGUCAUUCCUGUCUGCUCAGCAGGAAGUGGUCCCACAGCUAAAGACAACACCCAGUAGGUGUACCUGGGCACCAGUAGCCUGGAUGUGCUCUGCAGAGUGCAUGUCCAGUGUGGGCAUGAAGCUCUUGCAAACCAGUGGUUCACUGUUGAAGGGGAGAGAGUAUUUUACUUAGUCUCAUGUACUGAGAAAAAUUCUUCCCCUGGUACGUGAUAAUGAGAAGUAAGACCUGUAAUGAUUCACUUCCAAGUUCUCUUGAUUGCUGUUUCCGUUGCUGGCCAGAAAAUUAGUGAGAGCUUCCUUUCAGCUAUUAAAUGCUGACUGUUCUACUUUGAACAUUGAAGGAAUUAAUGAAGCAUUAUUAGUUUUACCUUUAAAAAAAUAUUUUCGAUUCCUGCUUAUGUUUUUGUUGUUUUAUUCCUAUGAAAUAUUACUUUUUUGUUAACAAAACUUUCUGAAAUCAAAAUGUCCUUUAUUUUGAUGCAUAAAUACAUCUCUGAAGACAUUAUGCUAAUGUCACCAUUUCCCUAGUUUUGAACUCAAAGGUGAGAACAGAAUUUUUGAAGAGAGCUGUCCAUAUGACAAAGAGUAUUUUAAAUACUUUUUAGUGAAAAUGUGUUAUUGGCAAUUUAGCAUUGUUUAGCACUUCAGACCUAAAUCUGAGGGCUGCAACAUUCCUGCUUUAGUGCUAAACAGAAAGGGACUAACUGUGGUUUAUAUUAAGAGCAAUGCUAAACGAAGAUUUUUGCCCAUAGAUCUUUCUCCAUCUCCCAGAUUUUGUAGAACCUCUGCGAAAUUUUAAACUGCUUUGUAGAUGAGAAAUAGUAUAUGAACCUCAAGUAUUACUGUGAUGAUUUGUUAGCAGUCAGUCUUAGUACAUAUGCAUAACAGCUGAGGUAGUGCAGAAAUCCAGAGUGAGGUCCAAAUCCCACAAACUGUAUUCAUAACCAACUUUCUGGUGAACUUAACAAUGCUACCAAUAAAGAAUAGACCCCGGGAUUUUUUGGAAGUAGGAAGGAGGAUGGUUAGGAGCCUGAGGGAGGGAAGAUGAGUAAAAGGUAGACAUAGCAUCUCUCUAAGCAGUUGGAGUGUGAGUUCUGACACAGCAUAUGAACAUCGAAUUGAAGAAUUCUUUAAUGUCUUCAGAAUGUUAAUAUGAAAUGCAAAACAUCAUGCUUUGGAUAGAUGGGUAGGAACAAAAUGUUCAGAUGCAAUAUGGUGCAUUAGGAACAGUCUCCAUUCUGUAUUCCUGGCUUUCCCAUUGGUUUAAGUCAGGCUUGCUGUUUCUCCAGUCUCUCGUGUCAUGUUGAGUUACUGCUGUAGUCAUCUCUAAAAAUAAUUACGCUGUCAUUCCUGGGACCUACACUUGAGGCUUUGGUAUUACUAUCUUUGAGGUUUUUGGGGUUUUUUUGCCACACUGUUGAUCUAACAAAGUUCUUUACAAUGCGCAUAUGUAGCAUAGUUCCUAACAGGUUCCCACCCUAUAGACCUUCCAAGUUAAAGCAGAUAGAUCUUGUAGAAUGAAGAGAUGUUGUGUUCUACCUUGUCUGCCAGAGAAGUAGUAGUUUUCCAGGGGCAGAGGACAGAUGAAACAGUAUAGUUUCUCCUAUAAAAGGUAUAAUAUUCAUGUUUUUAAGUAUCUUCAUAGCAAAAUCCUGGUCUUUAACAGUAUUUUAUAAGGAGACAGUGCAUAUCUAGUAAUUAUCCUCUGGUAAAAGAAAAGCUCUAUUUUCAGGCAGUAUUUUUAUGCAUUACACUGACAGUGUGAUGGAAGUUUAGAUGGAAAGCAGCAUUUCUAGUAAGAAGCUGGCUUGAAAGUGAUGGUAAAGGAGACAAAAAGACAAGACAGUUUUUUACCUGUUUUAUAGUAUUUUGUCAUGACCUUUUCUUCUCAAGCCUUUGUUCUCAUCUUUUGCACUGAAUUUUGAUUUGAAUUUGAGAAUUGCCACACUGUUUCCUUUCUAAAAUUGUAACUGGCAUUCCUAGAAAAAAUGUGUAGGCUUCAAAUUCAGCUUUUUGUAAGUGAGAAUAAGACAUUUUCUUCAAUAACCUACACUUUCAACCUGACCACAAAACAUGGGCAAAGUCACCACUGGCCUGUUUCAAUCAGGCUCUUCAACACAUGAUCCAGCCGACCACUCAAACACGUUCAUCCAGAUGGGCGUGUUGUACUUAGAGGAAAAGCCUCUGGAGCACAGGUUUGGCCCUGGGCUGUCCCAGAAGAGAACCACAGAGAGAAGAGAACCACAAAGUUUUGUCAGCUGGCAGUCUAGGAAGGGCCGUGUUCAAAGUGAAAUUCCCUUUGCUUCUCCACCACCUUUCACAAGGAAGUGACAAUAACGAUAAAACACUCUACUGCUUGCCACGAGCAGCUCCAAACGGAACGUUUGGAAUGAGUAUUUCAGCCCGUUUUGUUAUGGUGGCACUUUGAGUGUGCAGAGCAAGCUUCAGGCUCAAGCAGUUGUGGAUUCAGAUCACAUGUACCAAAAAAAAAUAAAGAUAAAAAUAAAAUUAAAAAAAUCAAAGGUGCAGUGACUCAUGUAAUUGCAAGUCCCAUUCAGAUGCAGAGCCUUAAACAGGACAUGGAAUUAGGAAUGCUGCAGAAAGAACGGAAUGUGAAAUAUUUCCAGAGUAGAUUAAAGCCUGUGCUGUCAUUGACUCAACAGAGAGUGCACUAAACGGGAGGUUUGUUCAUGCAGAAUUCUUCAUUCACAGAGUUGCCUAGGCCUGCUGGGAGUUGUGUUUAUUUAUAAUGCGUUUUUGACUGUUUCUGUAGCUGACUCAAAGAACAGAAAAAGAAAAGGUGAGUGGCUACAAGCACCCCAGCCAGGUAGGGUAAGGGGAACAAGAGGGGAGAUCUGUGGCUUUGACAUCAGGGGGCUGUGAGGAAGAAUGGUCCAAAAAAAGUUAUUCUCCUAAAUGAGCAUGGUACUUCUGGAGUGUUCCUGGAGAAAGGCUGGUGGAGCUUUAUCACUUCAGGAUGCCGAUGUGCAUGGGCAUUCAUGGUGGGAGCCUUUGGAGGUUGCUUUCAGUGACUGCAAAGGUGGCAUCAGGAUUUUGGCUCCCUUCACUGAGGUUGGUUUAUGUGAGUAUCUCGAAGUCAUUUCUCUCUUUCCAGCCAUUUCUGAAGAUCUUUCAUACAACAUUUUCUUGACAUUUGAAUCUUACAUCUUUUAAGCCUCAGCCAAGACAAUUUCUUGUCUAUUUUUAUGAUUUCAUUGAUUGUAACAUGAAAAAAGUCUUAUCUGGGCA